AUGCUGCCAGGUCCCUCCGCCAGCGACGGAGCCGACGGCCGUCUCCCAGCCUCGUCGUCGCCCUCGUUCUCGCUCGCGACGUCAGCACCCCCAGCGAAUGCGGCCGUGAGCCCUGCCUCUGGCCCUUCCUCCGGCCCUUCCUCCGGCCCUUCCUCCCGAGGUCCUGGCGGUUCCUCGGCCGCCUCUGCAUCUGCGAAAGCAUCACCACCGUCAUCAUCCGGUCCUGGUACGCGGCCAAGCCUCCUGUCUCGACUGGCCUUGCCCUUGCAGCUGCCUCUCCCUCUCCGGAGCAGGAACCGUCAUGUUGCCGAUUUCCACAUUCGUUGCGACGAGCCACACAAGCAGUAUUGCGCCGGCGAUUCCGUCCGCGGUGCCGUGGUCCUCGUUGCCCUCAAGCCGCUCCGCAUCACCCACCUCGUCGUCUCGCUGCAUGGCUUCGUCCGACUUUUCAAAGACCCCAUGUCGGUCGCCAAGACGCAAAAUCUCACCACACUCCCUCCCUCCGGCAGCUCCCAGCAACCUCUCUAUCAGGGCAAUGGGUUGACCAGUUUGUUCCAGGAUGAGCAAGUCCUCAGUGGCGACGGGAGGAUAGAGCCUGGCAAAUAUGAGUUUGGGUUCGAUUUGAUGUUCCCCGAUCAAGGCCUGCCUAGCAGCCUCGAUUUUGAAAGGGGAACCAUCGCAUACCUUGUGACCGCGACGCUCACCAGGCCUACCACUAUUGCCCCGACAUCCACUUGCGAUAGAAAGGUCGUCCUAGUUGAGCGGAUAGACGUUGGUUUGCUGUCACCACCACGGCCUCGAACCAUAUUCUUGGAACCAAUUUCGAAGCGCGCUCGGAGGAAAAAGGCUGCCCCGACGGAGAAGCCAUCGGCAUCAGGCACGCCGCACGAGAUUACUGACCUGGCAUCCGAGGCUGACUCAUCCGUCGUCACUGAAGAUUCCGCGCGAGGUGAAAACACCAACAACCACCACCAAACCCCGGGCGACGCCCGUGGCGGGACUGUCCCGAGUGAUGUGCGCAGCGAGAUCAGCGGGGAGAGUGGCCGUAGCCUAAGCGCGACUGGCCGGCCUGAGCACGCGCACUUGUCCCAGAUCGGCUCCACCCUCACGUCGGCGGCAAAGCAACAGGUUGUGGAUGACAAGACCAUCACCGCCACCAUUGAGCUGCUCAAGGGUGGCUGUCUACCGGGUGAGGCCGUAACAGUGCGAGUCGCCGUGCAGCACAUCAAGCGGAUCAAGAGCAUGACCGGUGUCAUCGUCACUCUGUUUCGCCAGUCAAGGAUUGAUCUAAACCCUCCAGACUCGCCGUCUUUCGAGGCCUCUCAGUCGAAAAACAGGCUUCACAAGGAUGAGCCGUAUCCGAGAUUCCGGACGGGCUUGAUUGGCCUUUCGUUGUCGUCAGCCGGCUCCACGAGCGUGUUUCGCAAAGAUCUCGACCAGAAUGCUGCGCCGCUCAUCAUCGACCCGGCAACCCUGCAAGCCUCCGUCACCGUGUCUGUGAGAGUCCCCGACGACGCGUUCCCGACCAUCAGAGGAGUUCCGGGCGAGAUGAUCAGCUUCAAAUACCAUGUCGAAGUCAUUGUCGACCUAGGGGGUAAGCUCACGAGUCAGCUCGGGGUCGGCUUCACCCCGUCGAGAUUCGGCACGUCUGGAGGGAGCAGUAAUGAACCAAGUCAAGGUCUCUUUGGUCCUCAACGAGGGUCCAACGUUGCCGACACCUCACAAGUAAAACGCCAGAAAGGUGUCAUCUCUGUAUCCUUGGAAACUGUUGUCGGAACCAUCGACAGUGGACGGUCAAGGCCGCACAUCAAGCCUGGCGUCGUCAGACAGGCGGCGAUCCGCAUUGCCGAAGCCGGCCGAACCGAAGUCGUUCAGCACGAAGUUCCCGGCCACAGCGGCACCCUGCCUUAUGGCUCAAUUCUGACCAACGGAAACCCUCACCUCUCUUCGCCCAAUAGGCGGCUUGACGACUACACAGCUCCUCCACCGCACCCCUCUGACAUUGCUCAACACCGUCCAUGGUCCUCAGCGGGGCUCUCACGAGACUUUGCCCACGUCAACGGCGCCGCCCGCUCCCAAGCCGCUCCUUGUUACAUACCACCGCCGCCGCAAAUACCCGACCAGGCCAACAUGACCGAGAAGGAAAGAAUACAGCAGGCCGAAGCAAGAUUGCUACCUAGCCAACCACCAGUGGGCCCGUCGACCGCGGAGGACGAAGAAGAUCUCUAUGAUGCGGAGGACACGCCUCAAGGAACAUUGGCUGGCCCCGUGGUUCCAACCGUUGAAGAAGUGGAAGCCAGACUGCCUGCCCCUUUGAUGGACGAAGCGGCCUCUGGACGUCCAACAGAAGACAAGCAGGAACUCGAACGACAGAGGUUAUUGCAGGAAGCUAGCGCACCGCCAGAGUUUCCCGAAGACAUGGAUACUCCUGCCAGCAGCUCGAGCGCAAGGGAUCUCCCAGACGAGCCAACAGCUCCUCAUCUCGAUGAGGACGCUGAGAGCUAUGUUGCUUACGGCGCGGUGUCGGAGUCUUCGAGGGCCGGUGGUUCUGAACAAUUGCCAGCUUACCAACGGUGA